AACGAUAAAUACUGUGUACAUAAAAUAUGGCGGGCACCUAUUGCCGGGCCUCAAGCGGAGAAGCUAAUCGAAGAAUCCCAUACUUUCAAGACAUGCAGAACAACUGUGUUGCUUAUUGAAGAAUGGAAGAUUUGCAACUACUGUAUAGUUAUACUGGAGAACUAUGAAGUGGCCCUGUGUGGUGCUGAUGAGAAACAUACAAUGCCACCUCUGGAUAUUUUCAGUUUUGGUCCCAAAGAAAAGCAAACCAGUUCCACAUUACUUUAUCUAUGGCCACAGACUGCUGUCAGAUCACAGACUUAAGAACAUUAAAGACUCUUACAGGUUGCUUAAUCUUCAGGAAGGAUGUUCGCUUGAUGAUGCCAGAAAUUCAUAUCGAGAACUUGCCAAGCAAUAUCACCCUGACAGUGGAUCACCUACAGCAGAUUCUGCAACUUUUGUACGAAUUGAAGAAGCGUAUAGAAUUGUACUUAAUGAUGUUGCCAAGAUAACAAAAUCAAGAGACAAGGCAGAGGAGGACGAGGAAGAUAAAUUUAAGCCUAAAGCAGCACAACACAGGCAGUAUUUAAAUUUUGAAGGUAUUGGUUAUGGAACUCCAAGUCAAAGACAAAAGCAGUAUACACAAUUUAGAGUUGAUCGGGCUUCUGAACAGGUCAUGGAAUAUCGAAAGCAAAGAAUGGAGAGGCAGCUUGCUAUGAAUGAAACUAUGUUAGCUAAAGAUGUAAGGCAAAGUAAGAAAGCAAAAAUCACCCAAGCCAUUGAACGGUUGGUUGAAGACCUCAUUCAGGAAUCUAUGGCAAAAGGAGAUUUUGAUAAUCUUAGUGGCAAAGGAAAGCCACUGCAGAAAUUUUCACACUGUCCACAUAUCGAUCCUAUGACUCACAAUCUGAACCGAAUCCUGAUAGACAAUGGAUACCAACCAGAAUGGAUUCUCAUGCAGAAAGAAAUACGGGAAACCAUUGAAAAACUAAGAAAAGAUAUAGUAGUUUUUAGGAAUAAACUAGGAGAUCCAAUGACCCCACAAAAAGAAACACAAUGGAAGGAGGGAUGUGAACAGUUUAUAGAAAACAUCAAGGCAUUGAACAAAAGAGUUAAUGACUUCAACUUAAUUGUCCCUAUUCUCAGCAGACAGAUGGUACAUUUUAAUGCCAGCAAAGAAAUUGCACGUGCACAGGAGAUAUAUGAAAGCCAGUUGAAAAAUAAGGCUGAAAAGGAGACAGAGAAAACAGAAGAUGUAAAUGACAGAACAUCUGACAUUAAAAUCAGCUUUUUAAAAUGGAUGACUCUUAUUUUGAAGUAGAAAUCAGCAGACAGUCAUUUGUUUUACCUGUUAAAUGCACUUAGAGAAUACGUUAAGGUAUUUUCCCCUUCUGUUUUACUGUCAGAAGAAUCUCUAGUGUAAACAGCAAUUGAGAAUUAUUGUGAAAAUAGAGGAUCAAAUAAACAGAUUUCUACU